CCUCGCCAGACAUCCAAGCUAUGCGCGGGGUCGAGAGCUCGACGAAGCGUCGCAACUGUCCGACAUCGCAAAUUUCUAGAACUUCGCCGCAGGGGCACCCCAGCUGGCUCUCUCCAGCUUUUCGCUUCGCUCGGACAGUGGGCCUUCCGCGAGGCCAAUGCUACAACGCGGACAAACAAACCCCGGACCCGGGAUGCGAAACAAAGACGCGCGGGAUCCGGGGCGAAGUUGACUUGCCUCGGUCCGGAGCCUUGCUCGAAGCCAGCACCGAAGCGUCCGGUUCUGUCAUGCUACCGUCAGAGGCACUUGUCGUCAGCCUCUUCCGGAGUUUUGAUGCCACGGAGCCAUCGGCCCCCACCUCGGGUCUCCUGGUCAUGUCUCGAGGUUGGCACUCGUACGAGAAACGCUUUCCUUGCCACGACGGAAGAUGGGCGCCACCUGGCCCUGUCGACGAUUUCCGACAUGACACCAACACCCGCUCAUGCCUCCCACACACCCGCACAGUUUUAGCUUCUGGGGCGCCUGUGGGUGGAGACGUUCCCAUCUGGGGGCUCAGUGGAGCGGGAUGGCGCUGGUUGCAGAGCGCCCCCCUGCAAGCCAGGCAAGGUGCGCACACCCCUCCUUGCGCCUAUUCCUUUUACUGUUCUGCCGGCCGAAGUUGCUCCCUCGAGUCGGGGGCCUUUUGCCAGGCAUCGGAAUCCUCUUGAUGAGCCGUGCGUGACAAACCGCCGACGCCGACCGAGCGGCUGUGCCAGUUGCAGACGCCCGCAUGUGUGACAUCCAGUCACCUCUAUCACAAGCAAACCCGCUCCUUGGCGCGUCGACCCGACCGGCCAGGAUCCUCUUGCUUGUGAGGCGCGUGCUGUGCGCCACAAGGUCGAUGUCGUGGCUGCGGUCUCAUGCGGCGCACGCAGGGGGCGCGCCCCGAGGCAUCUGGCAGCUGGCAUCAGACGGACACCGUGGAACGGCAGUCGUCGACCUCGGGCUCGAAAGCCCGAGUUUUGGUCCCUGCCAGGCGCUAGUCGUUCAACGUCCUCCACAAAUCUCCAUCAUGAGGUCCCGCUCGACUCGUGAGGGGCCCCUCAUCGCGGGUGCCCGGAACGCACCAUUGUCGCAUGGCAAACCAGGGCCAAGUCGAGCCCGUCUGGCACGGUGGAGCAAACCGCGGACCUGGUGGCAUCUCAGGAGUCGUAUGACGUUUGGAGCAAGCGCUUCUCUCCACCGACAGUCUCCAGAGAGCACGUGCGGCAACAGACAUCUACGCUUCUCCACAGUCUCUGGGGCCGCCAUGAUGCCGCAAGGCCGGGUGAAGAGGUGAAAUGGGGCGGGCGGGCGCUGCCCCGGCGGUGGCGGCUGGGGACACUGGCGGGGUAUAUGGAAGCCACACCGGCGAGGGUGAGUGAGGGGUUGGGGAAGCUCCCGAGCGUCAGCAGCGCCAGCCAACGCGGGAGCUCGCGAGCUUCCCAGUGAUUCGUGGGAAAGAGAAGCGCGCCCAUGUGAAAGCCGCGACUAUUAGUAUCUCUGCGUGUGCCUGCCUCCACGAACUCUUGUCAACUUCUUCGUUUCUCUCUCCAUCCCGCUCUAUCCCCCACAGCCUCAAAGUCGUUUACCCCAGACUUGGGUCGCAGCUUCCCCGCGUUGCGUUGCGUCGCGUGUCUUCCCCCGCUCAGCAGCCGCCCUUGUCACGUCUCUUGUCGCUUCAUCGUGUUCUGAAUGCUCAGUUCUCUCUUGCCUGGCAGAUCCAAAACCAUCAUGUCUUCCUCUUCACAAACACAGUUCGUCGGUGCCAUUGACCAGGGCACUACCAGCACGCGGUUCCUCAUCUUCAACCGCGCUGGAGAAGUCGUUGCCCUGCACCAGCUUGAGUUUAAGCAGAUCUAUCCGCAGCCGGGAUGGCACGAGCAUGACCCCGAGGAAAUUGUCUCGUCCGUGGAGAAGUGCGUCGAUGGCGCCGUCAAGAAGUUUGAGACGCAGGGCCACUCGCGCGAGCAAAUCGUGUCCGUGGGCAUCACCAACCAGCGUGAGACAACGGUCGUCUGGGACCGAGUGACCGGCAAGCCCUUGUACAAUGCCAUUGUCUGGACGGACACGCGCACGCAGGACCUCGUCCGCCGCCUCAAGAUGCGAAUCGGCUCCGGCGAGCUCACCGACCGCUGCGGCCUCCCCCUGUCCACCUACCCGUCCGUUGGCAAGCUCCUGUGGCUCCUGGAGAAUGUCAAGGCGGUCAAGGAAGCUUACGAUGCGGGCAACCUGGCCUUCGGUACCAUCGACACCUGGCUGGUCUAUAAGCUGAACGGCGGCCCCGCGCGCAACGUCUAUGUGUCGGACCCCAGCAAUGCCUCGCGCACCAUGUUCAUGAACCUCCACACGCUCGACUACGAUAAUGAGCUCCUUGACUGGUUCCGCGUUGACCGCAACAAGGUCAAGCUGGCCAAGAUUGUGCGCUCGGCCGACCCCGAGGCCUACGGCUCGCUGGCCAGCACCCUCCUCAACGGCACCAAGAUCAUGGGCUGCCUGGGCGACCAGUCUGCUGCUCUCGUUGGACAGAAGGGCUUCACCCCUGGUCUUGCCAAGAACACGUACGGCACUGGCUGUUUCCUGCUCUACAACGUGGGCGAGAAGCCCGUCAUCUCGUCGCACGGCCUGCUCUCCACCGUCGCCUUCGACUUCGGUGAGGGCAAGACCAUGUACGCGCUCGAGGGCAGCAUCGCCGUGGCCGGCUCCAGCGUCAAGUUCCUCGUCGAUAACUUUGGCUUCAUCGAGUCGUCGUCGAAGCUGAGCGCCCUUGCCGAGACGGUCGAGGACAACGGUGGCUGCACGUUUGUCACUGCCUUUAGCGGCCUGUUCGCGCCGUACUGGAUCGACGACGCCCGCGGCACCAUCUUUGGCAUCACCGCCUUCACACAGCGCGGCCACAUUGCUCGCGCGACGCUCGAGGCCACGUGCUUCCAGACCAGGGCCAUCCUCAAGUCGAUGGAGAAGGACAGCGGCAAGGCCCUGACGGAGCUCGCCGUCGACGGCGGCAUGUGCAACUCGGAUCUGAUCAUGCAGACGCAGUCCGACAUCAUCGGCAUCCCCGUCAACCGGCCGGGCAUGCGCGAGACGACGGCUCUGGGCGCCGCCAUCGCCGCGGGCUUCGCUGCCGGCGUGUGGGAGUCGUUUGACGAGCUCAAGGACGUGAACCUCGAGGGCCGCACCAUCUUCAAGCCUUCCGUUUCGGAGGACAAGGCGACCAAGCAGUUUGAACGCUGGGAGAAGGCGGUUCAGAUGAGCAAGGGCUGGGCCGAGUAAAUGGUUUUUGUUCGUCGCGCGCGUGUCGCGUGUUGUUUUUUCCCCUCUUACUAUACCACUGGCGGGCCAUGGGUGUGUCGAUGGGGGCCCGAGUCGCGGCAGCGGUGUGUCUGCUUCUAGAAGCCUGAGAGCUUGCGUGUACUAUAUUUCUGAAUGACCUCAUGACGGAU